AUGGCCGGAGAAGAAGAGAAGCUGCGGAUUAAUUUGAAAACGACCUAUGCCGAUGCGGUGGUAGAUAUCAGACAAAUAGUUUUAGGAGAGACAUCCAGGAAGAAGACCUCUCAUAUUCAGCAAAGGCAACAAAAGCAGCUUUCUGAAGCAGUGUGUGCGCUGCUGAAUUCAGGAGGAGGAGUAGUGAGGAUAGAGAGCAAAGACAAGAAUUACUGCUUUCAGGAGCACGGCAUCGGCCUGGACAUAGAGCAGAGCCUCAGGGGGUGCAUCGACUGCACUGACACCCGUGAAUACUUCACGUGGAUGCAGCAGCGGAGUCACUUGCUGCUUUUUGUUAAAACAUGGAGCUGCGGAGACGUGGAGCAGAAAAGUGCAGCCGCAAAGCCGCGGAUCUGUAGCUUGAGCACUGGUUUGUCCCGUAGGUCUUUCACUUCGGUUGUCCCUAUGACUUCAAGAGAUGCUGCUGAGUUUCUGAGGCAGAAGAAAAGCUGUGCCGAGUGCCGUGAUGAGAAUGAGCCAAAGGCUAAGAAAGCUCUGCUGAAUUUUGAUGGGGGAGCAAGGGGGAGCCCUCCAAACACCGAGGAGUGCAACAUCCAAGAUGCCGCUGCCAGGUUUUUAAAGAGAGACAAACUGAUGUUUGAGGAGGUCCUGGAUUUCACAGAGACAACACAUAUUGAAUUUAAGAACUUCUCUACAGAGAAUAUCUCAAAAUACAUUAGCAAAACCCUUCCGAACUAUGUCUCUGCCUUUGGAAACACUGAGGGCGGUUAUUUAUUUUUUGGAGUGAGCAACGCCAGGAAAGUAAUAGGAAGCCAUGGUAAAAUAAAGAAAGAAGAUUUAGAAAAAACAGUAGCUGAUGUCAUGACCUCGAUACGCGUCCAUCACUUCUGCGACUCUAAGGCUCGUGUGCAGUUUAAGACUCACAUCUUGAACGUUUAUGACGAAGCAGAAAGCUUGCGGGGCUAUGUAUGCGCUGUGCGAGUUGAACCAUUUUGCUGUGCUGUUUUCCACAGCAAUCCUGAAUCCUGGAUUGUGAAGGGUGAAUACAUCGAAAGACUGGAGGUCAGGGAAUGGGUGGAGCUCAUGACAGCUGCAGACCCAGAUCUUUCAAAUCUGGCUGAUAAAUUUAUGAAUGAGCUCAGUUUGUCAAAUGGUCCUCCUCUUAUCAAGCCAGUUUAUUCACACGCUGGUCUCCAGUGUGUGUCUGAACUCCAAGAAUGCCUCUACCCAGUGGGUUCUAAUGAAAUGGAAUGGAAGCCAGAAACCAUUUGCACUGACCUGUUCUCAGAGUAUCCUGGAUUAGAGGAUUUAAUGAAAAAACAAAUCCGUCCACUUAACGAGGGGGUACUGAUAUUUUCAAGAAGUUGGGCUGUUGACAUUGGAUUGCCAAAAAACCAGGAUGUUGUGUGUGAUGUUCUCUUAGUAGCUAAAAAUGCAUAUCCAGUACUGUAUACUGUAGUCAAGGAUGCCUCUUCUGCUGCAAAUGAAAACUUAAAAGAAACUGCUUAUGAAUUAAAGCAGAAGCUAGUCAAUAAUGGGGGAUACACUUCAAAAGUGUGUGUGAUUCACCAAAUACUGCACCUGAAUGGCACAAAGAACCAGAUGGAAGUUGCAGAGGAUGACGUUCCCCAGCAAGAAAACCAAGAAAACCUCUGUGGUUAUGCCAUUUUUUAUCCGAAGAAUUACGCCCUCACCUCCAGGGACAUCCCUGCGUUCCUACGCGCACUUGUGAUCGUUGUGCUGGGCUUUAAGUCCUACUUAAGUGACCAUCUUGGCUGUGAGAUUUUCAAUGUUCUCACUCUCAAACAGUAUGAGCUGCUUUCCAGGAACCUGCACAAAGCCAAGAAGCAGUUUGUCCUUGGUCUUCCUGGAACAGGGAAAACAAUCGUGGCCUCAAAGAUCAUUGAGAGAAUAAGAAAUAUUUUUCACUGCUCUGCAAAAGAGAUACUCUACAUUUGUGAAAAUCAACCCUUGAAGAAGUUUGUGGGAAAUGAGAUGUGCCAGUCAGUGACACGCGUUGCCUUCUUAACUAGGAACUUCCCAGAAGUGAAACACAUUGUGGUUGAUGAAGCUCAGAAUUUUCGUCCUGAAGAAAACUGGCACCAACGUGCCCGGGAGCUAGUCAAGAAAAACAGUGGCAUUUUCUGGGUCUUCCUGGAUUUCUUCCAGUCCACUCACCCAUAUGGUUGUGGUCUUGAGUUUUCAGAACUAUAUCCUCAGGAAUGGUUGACCAAAGUGGUCCGUAAUGCCAUGCAAAUAUGCGAUGUCAUGUUUGAUCUAAUGAGCAAAAUCCUCCGAGAACGUAACACAGAUAUGCCCUAUGAGGUGCUGAAAGAGUUGUUUAAACAGGCUGAAUGUGCCCAUUCUUAUUCAGGUGACUACAUAAUGAAAAAAAAUAUGGGAACACAUGAAAUGGCAAAGUACGUGACGAGGCAGUGCAACAGCUACAUCCAGCAAGGCUAUCCCGUCAGGGAUAUUGCAAUCCUGUGCAGUACGCAGGAUGCAGCCCAGGAGUUCCGUCAGAUAUUGGAACCUGAGCUAAAAAGACAAAUAAGGAAAGGCAGGGUGAGGUUGGCCUUGGGGUCAGCGGAGGAUGUUUUAGAAAACGUCAUUGUUCUUGACAGCAUCCGACGCUUCUCAGGCCUAGAAAGGAGGAUUGUGUUCGGCAUCCACCCUGUCCCUGCACAGGAGGAGAUAUCUCUCAAUCUUUUGCUCUGUUUGGUGUCCAGAGCCAACACUAAACUCCAUUUGCUAUAUCACUAA